GGCGUGAGUGUCAACGCCAUGGCUCAGUCUGGAGGACGUCAACGACGGUGUUUCCACAACAUCCUCUGCUUCACUGCCGUGUUCAGUAUGUCGUCACUGGUGCUGGAGUCAGUCAAGUACUACACAGUGUCUCAGAUCACAGCUCUAGAGAAACAGUUUGGCCUCAGCAGUACAAAAAGUGGCCUCCUCCUAAGCUGCAGCGAAAUCGGUUAUCUUUCAGCUAUUUUCUUCUUCAGCCAUUUUGGGGGGAAGCGCUUUAUACCUAGGAUCCUGUCCUGCGGAGUGGCUUUGUAUGGCAUUUCUAGUCUAAUUUCGGGCCUCUUACACUUCAUGAAUCCUGUAUCGCUGCCUUCUUUAGAUGAUCUUGCCUCCAACUAUUCUUCUGAACAAAGAGUCAGGCUGUGUCAGGAUUCCGUACAGGAACAUGAGAGAUGUCCAGCCACGAAGGACCAAGUGACUGACAACGGACGUUGGGUGUACAAUGUGCUUGCCGUGCUUAUGGUGUUACUGGGAGUGGGAAUCAUAAUGACAGUGUCGUUCUUCGGCCCAGCUAUUGCACUUGGCCUAGGUGGAGUUUUAAGCACCGUACCUGUUGAUCUUAGUGACACACGGAUGGAUCCUCUUCACCCACAAUGGAUCGGGGCAUGGUGGAUUGGGUACCUGGUCUUUGGAUGUGCAGCCUUCCUCUUUGCUGUUCCCUUAGGCUGCUUUCCAAAGCGUAUUAAGAAACUCACCAAACGACCCGUAAACGCCAAAUGCCACACCCUUAAGGAAGAACUGUCAGAUUUACCCAAAUCGGUGGUGCGAGUGAUGCGGAACCCGGUGGUAGCUUGUUUGUUGCUGGGAAACUGCAGCGUGCUCUUCUUCGUCGGGGGAAACGUGGCCUUCGCCCCCAAAUACAUCGAGAAUCAGUUUGGGACACAGGCUUCGAAAGCCAACUUUAUAGUGGGUAUAGAAGAAUUUCUCUGGGCGACUGUAGGCACUUUACUCGGUGGUAUUCUUACCAGCAAACUCAAGCUGACCAACAGGGGUUGUGUGAAACUGACCAUGAUAGUAACACUGGCCGCGUCGGCCUCCUAUGCUUUCACGCUGCUAUUUGGAUGUCCUAAUCCCAGCAUCAAGGGACUGGGUGACAAUGGCCACACCAUGGCAUCAUAUAACUUGGUAAUGGUGUUGUACUCCAUCCCGCCUAAUAGCUUGUAUUUGGAAAGGAGAAGAUUCAAGGCUCUACUGGCGGAGUUGACUGAAGCUCUUGCCACACGAGUGUAA